AUGAGAAAUUUUGAUGUUUUUGGAAAAGAAGUGCUUUUGAAAUAUAAAGGACAGACGUACAAUUAGACAGCGUUAGGAGGAUUAUUGACAAUUGGCAUAUUAGUUGUGGUUAUAUUGAGAUUAAACUAUUUAAUAGACUAAAUCAAUACUUAGUAAAAUCCUUAAGUUUAUUAGUAUGAAAGAUAAUCAUCAUAAUCUUAGUCAUUUUUAAUAACACCUUAAAAUUUUACUUUUGUGAUUGGCAUCACAAGCGAUGGCUAGAAUUAUUAGCAAAUCAAUAGCUAGAUAUUCAAUAUAAAAUCUUUUAUCACAAUUUAGAGCACUAAAUAGAAUAGCGGCUCUCAAACACCAUAAGUUAAUACCCAAUAGUAUUAAGUUAAUCUAUAGAAAUGCACAUAUAGCGAUUUUCAGAUAGAUGGAGUUUAAUUAGAUAGCAGCAAAUACUCUAAUCAGUAUUGCAUUUCGUCUAAUUAGCCAAUUUAAAUAUCGGGAGAUUAUACAGCUUAGAAUUUUGCAACAUUGACAAUCCAACUUUAAAAAUGCACUGGAAGUGGCUGUGCUGAUGAAUAAACAAUACAAAAUUUCAUAAAAACCAAUUUUGUAGAAGUUUUUAUAUCUGAUAUUUUAGUAUAGCCUUCAGUAGGUUCCAAUCCCUUUAGUUAUUAUGGAAGACUGUUCAGAGUAGCAAAUCUCUAUUCGCAAACGAAAGUAGCUAACAUUUAUUUCAGAAACAAUUAAGUCGAUACAGAUAAGGGAUUCUUAUUUAGUAGUAUUUCUUCCAAGAGCAAUCCUUCGUUUUCUUACUACGAUGAACAGGUUUUUGAUUUUACGUCUGAUUAUAUAACCAGCAUUGUCUUAAAAUAUGAAUAGAAAAAAGAAAAUUACUACUCUUUAUCCUAUUAAAAAUUCAUAGGUGUUAUCUGCGAGCUCGGUGCUCUUAUUUAUGUUUUGAGCCUUGUUUGUUCACCUAUUUGCUCCUUCUGCGCAAAAGCAGAUCUUUGUGUGGAUCUAAUCAAUUAAUGCUUCAGUUUCUAGGAAAUUAAACCUUCGAUAAAGACUUCGAACGACAAAUACAAAACCACAAACGCUGCUAACAACAAUAACAAUAAUUAAAAUUUGGCUGAACUGGUCUCUGAAGAUAAAGAAUCUAACAAUAAAAUUCCAGUUAUGUCUGUUUUUGCCAAUAUACCUAAAAAGGAAAGCUUGAGGAUCAACAGUCUUAACGAAAACAAAGUAAAAUCUAUUUUGAAGUAAAAAGAAACUCAAGUCCAGUCAUCAUAACCUUCUGCAGAAUCAAUGCAUUCUUCUUCUGAUAAAAAUGAAGAAUUGAAGCAACUCCUUGAGUAAAUUAGAGAGUAUAACUAAGCUAAAGAACAAUUAGAAAAGAAGAAACCUCUCAUCAAAGGGUCAAAGGAGCAAAAACAGAAAUUAAUGGAAAGCAUUAAAGCUAAACAAUUGAGAGACAACAUCAAAAAAACUCAAAUAAAAAUUUCUGAAGUUUUAAAAAAACAAAAUAAUAGCUUUAAAUGCAACUUUACAGAAUAUGUUAAGUCAUAUUUUUUUACCAACCCUAAGACAAAAAUCAUUGACAAAACAGUCAAAUAAUUGAAUUAAAACUUAGACGUUUAGAUGAUCAUGAGCAAACUCACUGAAAUUGACUACCUCAAAAAAAUCCUUCUCAACGAAGAUCAACAGGCUUUGUUCUAAUUCCUACCAAAAGCCAACUUAAAUUACUCUAUCGUCCAAAAUGAAGUUAUUUUCCACAAUUCUUCUUCUGGAGAAAAAUCUAUGCCAGAAUAUUAUCAAGAAGAAUACGAAAAACUCAAAAGAGGUAUCGAUUCUUACAAAAAUCUAAUGAACCAAGAUCAACUUUAAAUGGUUGAUAACAACUUAUUAAAAAUAAUUGACCCUAGCUACAUGAGUCUCUUCAAAGAUCUAUGCGACCGAAAAAAAUCAGUUACAAUUACUGCUGCUCCCACUCCUCCUGAGCAAUUAAGAAAUGGUCCUUCGAUACUAAUUCACAAAGUAAGUAGCCAGCAUUUGCUCUUAAAUCCUCAAAAAAAGCCAAACAAAAAAAUGCUUAAUUCACCUCAAUUCUCUUCUCAAUAAGAACAACCUCAAAUUGUUAUAUUCUAGCAAUAGCAACAGUCUCUUUGUCUACCAGAAAACAUGCUUACCAGGUAAAUUGAGGUUGUAUAGAGCAAAAGAUAGAGUAUAAGUACUCCUCAAAACACGACAGCGCAACUAGCUUUUCCAAGCCAAAUUGAAAAUGACUUCAGUCAUGACUUCAUUUCAUAAGUAGAUUAAGAAGCAAAUAGUAACCACAAUUAUCUUCACAGCAUCUUAGAAGAAAACCUCAAAUAUCACAGCACUUCUGGAAUAAUUCAAAAACCCUACCUAACAAACGAACCAGAUGUUACUCUUAAAAACAAUUAAUGA